AGUAUGUUUGUAAAUUUCAUGUAAACUUGACAUAUUUUUGGUGUUGUCAAUCGGUGUAUGUAAUAUCCCAACACAAAACAGAAGAGAUAAAUCUUUUUAAAGUUAAAAUUUUGCGGUUUACCCGUUCAAGGAACCGAAAAACUCAGUGAUAAAUAAGAAACAAAAAGAGAAACAAAACUACCUUUUUGUUCUGAAAGUUUAAAACGUAGAAAGAAGGGAUAUUGAAAUGAUUUGAAAAUGAAGAUUAUUUAAAUCAGAAAAGGAGAAAGAAUCAGAAAUAAGUUUAAAAAAAGGGUGCAGGCAGGUUUUAUUACGACGAAAAAUAUUCGAUCGAAUGUAAAUCAGUUCCAUCCAUGUUAAGUGUAACCCAUACUGAGUAAUAAACUUAAAUAAGGAUUAAAGUGCACUUAAUAUCAAGCUAUAAAGUGAUUUCGGAUAUUUAACAACGAUCCAAAACUGUGGAAUAACAAAAAAUAAUUUUAUUUCCAGCUUAAAUUAAUGGGAGUUAUUAUAACAUCAGGCAACAAGGAUAACAACGUUUAAAGGAAUAUUAUUCAUCUAUAAGUCAGAAGAAAAACUGAAAGUGACUAACACGCUUGUUGUCUACAAAAAUGGGAAAAAAGAACUCAAAGUUAAAGCAAGAUACAAUCGACAGGCUGACGACAGACACAUAUUUCACAGAAAAAGAGAUCAGACAAUGGCAUAAAGGAUUUCUCAAAGAUUGCCCCAAUGGUUUGCUCACAGAACAAGGUUUCAUCAAAAUCUACAAGCAAUUCUUUCCACAAGGCGAUCCAAGCAAAUUUGCAUCAUUAGUAUUUAGAGUAUUCGAUGAAAACAAUGAUGGUUCAAUAGAGUUUGAAGAAUUCAUUAGAGCGCUGUCGAUUACAUCACGUGGAAACCUGGACGAAAAAUUGAAUUGGGCAUUCCGGCUGUAUGAUGUUGAUAACGAUGGUUUCAUAACGCGAGACGAGAUGUAUAAUAUAGUUGAUGCUAUUUAUCAGAUGGUGGGUCAACAACCAGUGACAGAGGAUGAAAAUACACCCCAAAAGCGAGUUGAUAAAAUAUUCGAUCAAAUGGACAAGAAUCAUGACGAUCGUCUUACUUUGGAAGAGUUUCGUGAUGGUAGCAAAGCUGAUCCCCGAAUCGUUCAAGCACUUAGCCUAGGAGGCGAUUAAGUUUUACACACUGUUCUUCUCUCAGAUGCGCUCGAAACGACAGACUACUUUUAUUGACAUUCCUGCAAGUUUCUUACCCUCUUGCUUAGCAGUAGCUACCUUUUGCUGCUUGAAGUAGUUUUUCGUUCUCCUGAAAUGAAAAUGUCAUAGAACUUUUUUUAUGUUGCCGUUGUCAAAGUUAGAUAAAAAAGAAAAAUGUUUGUGAACCCAUCGCAUUUGUUCUUGUUUCUAGAAACUAUGAAAUAAUUCAUAAAAUAUCUAACAACAUAGACAGGAGAAUAUCAUGAAAUAUGCUGGCAUUUGUUCUCUUUUGUUUCUCAAUGUUGCUUCAUAAAUUCUACGAUUAUCUUUAAUAACUUUUUUUUAUUUAUUUUCCAAGCAAUGAUUUAUUAAAACGCUUGCAAAGUUACAAAUUUAAUCAAAUGAAUCAAACUCACUACAUCAGGUAUUUGAUAUACUCUUCUAAUGGCGAUGAUUGGUAUUUUACAUCGUUAUUUAAUAUUAAAAAUAAAUAAAAUGAAGACAAACAACAAAAGAGAAAACUUACAAAAAUAUUAAAUAUUGACACAUAAAUCGAGCGACAUCACAUAAUUUAAUCGAAGCACAGGUGACGGUGAAGAAACACAAUUUUAAACGAGGAGUGAGCACUUAAUCGAAUUAAUUAAGUAUUUAAGCAAUACGAAACACCAAACAAAAGGAUAAGAAAAAUUAAAAGUAAUGGAAAUUAUCUGAAACGAAAAAAGGAAAAAUAAAUUAAUUAAUCUUAUCAAAAUUUAAGUUAAAUAAUAAUUAACGAAAACAAAAAAAAUGUUUAAUGAAUGAAUUAAUUUGAAAAGAAAAAUAAUAAUUAAACUUAACGUGAUUGCAAGAAUGUUUGUUCAAAGUGCAUGAUGAUUAAUAAAUAAGUAAAAUAUGAUAGCAAAAACAAAACGAAAUAAAGGUGAAGAUGGCGCUUGAAUGGAGAAGUCAAAUGUUUAUGCUUUCGUUUUUCAUCGAAAUGAUUUCCAUUAAGGUGCAAACUACCUUUUAAAGUUGACAUGUUUACAUAUAAUAGAGUCAGUGUUGUUGCUUUUUUACUCUUUAAAAUAUCGAAUCACAAAAGUUUGAUAAAAGGAAAAGUUAUUCAAAAUACAAAUAAAAUUAGCUUAAUGGAAAAAAAAGGAUCUUAAGAAAUUGAAGGAAAACAAAAAUCAAAUUGGACUAUCAAAAAGAAAAGCUAAAGUGUGUAAAAUAUUUUUUAAAUGAAAAUGAUGAAGAUUCAUUGAAUUGCAAAAACUAUCAUUAAUUUUCAGAACUGAUGAACUUAAGUCUUCGAUUAUAAAGAUUCGAGUUCGAGGUUUAAGUAGCAUCUAGGAUUUCUCGUUUGAACAUUAUUAUAUAACACGUUUGGCUAUUUUGCGAUCGUAUCGAAUAAAUCAUAAACAACAUUUUUUCUAUAACUUCUGUUUCAUCUUUCUCUUCUCUUGAAUCGCUACUUAUGAUUUGAAAUGUUUGAACUAUCACUAAUUAAAGUGAUAAAAGGCUUCCUCGUAUUCAAAAAGAGUUUUUCUUGCCUUGUGAAAUUACUAAAAGUAGAUUUUUUCAUAAACACUUUGAAACUGUUUUCCUUAGUACGGUAAUUAAUUAGAACUUUGUAGAUCUGUAAGUAAUGGAUCUUGAAAUUUGUUUUGCUUCGUCUUUGCAGUCUGUUUUGUUUGAAAUUUCUGUGAUAACCGUAAUCAUAAAAAAGCAAAAUUUAAAGGACGAAAAAUCUUUAGAAAUUAAAUCUGAAAAUUUCACUACAGUAAUAUGUAUAAUGCAUUCGAUCUUUAAUGUUAUACGCAAUACUUUUGAGCGUUUUAUCUCUUCUUAAAUAACAUUAAAAUUUUAACAUUUAAAAGUUCAAUUCUCAGUUGUAUGCUGUCUUGUUAUUAAUUUAUGAUCAUAAUUCUUAAGUUUAAUUACUAUCAAACAUAAUUUUUAUAGCAUAUUAACCCCACAUUUCUAUCCUGAAUGUAAAAUAAAUUACAUUAAAUCUGCAACCACAUUCAGGCCUAAUAAUAAAUAUUUAAAAAGCAGCGAUAUAAAACAAUUCAACACUCUAAUUAAUAAAAAAAUCUCAAUGUGAAUGUUCAUCCUUAAUGGCAAAACUUCAUCUUAGUUGUUUUUAUUUCAUAUUAUAAAAUAUUAUCUAAAAAAAUUAAACAAUUGAACAUUUCUCAAAAUUUUGACACAAAAAAUUACUUGCACUGUUAAAAGAUGCACUUUUGGGUAAAUCUUUAUGAAAAUUUUAAAUGAAAAUUAAAUUUAUAAAAAUAACCUUCCACUUACUAACUUAACUCUUAAUUUUCUAAGGUUUUCACGGGAAGUUUCCAUAUGGAAUUAAAAUAUUAGCUUAAUAAAUAUUAAAUCUUCAAAGUUUCUGAAAAUACUAAGUAAUGCUAUUAACUACAAAAGUUAUAAAUGAAGUUUUCAAAUGGAAAAUGUAUUAGAUAUUUUAAUGAAAAAGAAAUUCGAUUUAAAAGGAAAACUUGUACAUAAUCACUUGAGUUCACUCAAAGUAAUACCUAUAUUUUCUACUCAGCCUCAUGAGAUAUUACAAAUACAAGUUAUUUCAAAUGAAGAUACAAAUCUAUUUGCGUUUACCCCCCAGAGACUUAAGUGUUAUGAAAAUAUAAUUUAAAUCAAUAUUCUUUUCGAUUGCAAACAUAAUUGAACAUACAUAGUUAACAGGAAAACCAGUCGUUAUUUGUGUGCAGUUUCAUGCAAAAAACAAAUUUAUUAUGAAUAAAGAAAAAUUAAGAUUUACAG